CUGCCUGCUGCAGAGAUGGUGCAAGCAACUGUCUUCCUCCUGGUGCUCAGCCUGGCCCUGGGGGCUCACAGCCUCUCUGUAGAAAAGUGCAACCUGAUUGGGAACUGGACGAAUGACCUGGGCUCCAACAUGACCAUCUUGGCUGUGGAUGAAAAAGGCAACUUCGCUGGCUUGUACAACACAUCUGUGGCAGACCACCCGAAUAAGAUCCAGCAGUCACCACUGGUGGGCUUCCUGCACCUCACAAACCCAAUAGACCAGCCCACCUUUGGCUUCACUGUCAACUGGACCUUUUCAGAGGCCACAUCUGUUUUCACGGGACAAUGUUUCGUGGACAAGGAUGGAAAGGAGACUUUGAAGACCAUAUGGCUCUUUCGGCGUCACAUGAACACAACUGAAGACAACUGGGCAGGCACUCUGGUUGGCACCAAUGUCUUCACCCGCCUGAAAAAGCAGAAGGAGUGA